AUGCCGCAAAUUCUCAGAAUCGCAGCCGCGCAAUCGCGCACCCUCUCUACAACAUCGCAAACCCUCUCUGCCCUCGAAGUUACCACCAAACGCGCCGCAUCCCAAGGAAUAGACGUGCUCCUCUUCCCUGAAGCAUAUCUGGGCGGAUAUCCUCGUACCUGCUCGUUUGGCGCUGCAGUUGGCGCUCGCGCUCCAGAAGGUCGCGAACAAUUCCUACAUUACUUUCACGAUGCCGUAGAUAUGGGCGACACACCGGCUGGCGCUGGCGAGAAUUGGAUAGACCGCAAGCUGGAGCUCCCCAAAGGAAAAGAAUACAGAGGCGACGGUACAAGAGAAGAGCUGGAGAGAAUUGCCAAGGAAACGGGCGUAUUCAUUGUGACGGGGUUGGUGGAGAAAUCAGGAGGCACGCUAUAUUGUGGGUCGGUGUUUGUUGAUCCGAAGAGGGGUGUCUUGGGAAAGAGGAGAAAAGUCAUGCCAACAGGCAGUGAGCGUCUGGUGUGGGGAAUGGGCAGUGCGAGCACGUUGAGGGCAGUGACGACAGAAAUCAAGGGCGUGAAGCUAUGCAUGGGCUCGGCCAUCUGCUGGGAGAACUACAUGCCGCUGCUGCGACAGAGUCUGUACAGUCAGAACGUCAAUCUUUGGUUUGCGCCAACCGCUGAUGCGCGCGAUACUUGGGCUGCACUGAUGCGAACGGUUGGGUGCGAAGGGCGCUGCUUUGUGGUGAGCGCAAACCAGUGCGUCAAGAAGAAACAUCUUCCAGAGUGGAUAUCUGCUGGCAAUCAUGACAUCAAAGCCCGGUCACCGAGCAUAGGACACAGCGGCGGUGUGGGAAGAACAAUAACGCAACAAGCUGGCGGGGCUGCAAGACGGCGAAGUACCAUUACGAGAACAGAAGAUGGCCACGAGAUUUGCUUACCACUACCAAAAGGACAGGAUCCACUGGCCAACGGUGAUUCAUCAGCCAUCGACCUGACAGAAGAGAGUCCUACCAUCAAGCAGCAGCCUUUCUCGCAGCCUCAGUCACACUCUACAGACGGCGAGGAGUUCGUCUGCCGUGGUGGUUCAAUGAUUGUAUCGCCUCUCGGCGAGGUGCUUUCUGGGCCAGCCUGGGAGAAAGAGGACGAGCUACUCGUUGCCGACGUUGACUUUGAAGACUGCGAACGGGGGAGACUUGACUUUGAUUCUGCAGGAAGCUAUUCACGCAUGGACAGCUUCAAGCUCAGCGUCGAGGGUCUCGAUCUCAACCCUCCUCCCAUGUAAACAAUAUGAAACACGGUGAAAGAUGCUAUGCGACAGACCCAUUGUCGAGUGUCUUUCUGUAAAGAAUGGUUGUCCCACAUCUAUUUCACAGCGCGACUUUGUCCGGCC